AUGGUUGUGGCUUAUCAAAGCGCGCAGGACUUCUUGCGCACAGUGUAUGAAGGAGUGACCGACUCGAGCCAAGGCACCGUGGUUCAGCUGGCAUGUUCCUUCUUUGUGGAUGCUGGCACACAGCUCUCGCCUCACUUCACUGCACAUGCUGCACGCUGGGCGAACAGCAGCCUGCAGCAAACCAACUUUACUGACCCCAACAGAACCACGGCCCAAAUACAGGAAUGGAUCACCAGUAACCUUGCAGAUGGGGAUGUGCGUGGCAUGCUGUUGGAGACCGCUAGGUCGUCGCUCAGCCAGGUUGCCUUGGUGAGCACCAUGUAUUUCAGAAGCACGUGGCAAAAGAAGUUUUCCCUUAUGGACACUCAGAUGUUGCCUUUUACCACAUCAGAGGGCUCAACCCUGAAAGUGCCCACAAUGCAUCAUACAGCCGAAGUUAACUAUGGCCAGUUCCAGACUGCGGCUCUGGAGGCGUUCAGUGUGGUCGAGUUACCCUACCUGGGAGAGAAACACAGCAUGUUCCUAGUGCUUCCCAGCCAUAAAAGAACACCUUUGUCCCAGAUUGAGUCUCACCUUUCUGCCAAAGACAUAACCCUCUGGGCCAACAGCUUAAAGAGAACAAAGAUGGACAUUUUUCUACCUAGGUUCAGUAUUCAAAGCCUUUUUGACCUAAAGACAGUUUUUUCUGCCUUGGGAGUUAAAGACGCAUUUGACCCCAUCACCGCUAAUUUUAAAGGCAUUUCAGAUCAAGAUAGUCUUUACAUUUCGGAAGCUAUUCACAAAGCAGAGAUUGAAAUAACAGAAGAUGGUACAAAGGCAUCAGGAGCUACAGCAAUGGUAUUACUAAAAAGAUCUCGAACACCUAUUUUUAAAGCAGACCGACCCUUCACAUUUUUUCUGAGACAAGCUAAUACAGGUUCAGUACUCUUUAUAGGAAGAGUUACAAAUCCUUCAUAAUAAGCACUAAACAAGUAAACUGUCUUCUGUUCCUCCUAUGGUGAGCUUUCCUCCAAAGAAAUUUAAGGCUACAUUAUAUGUAUUUAUUAAAACACUGCUUUAAGCAGUAACACUUCUGCAAAAAAAAGUGAGAGUAAGCCCUCCGCUACUUUAUUACAUUGUAUAUACUGUUGGAAACUUAUAGCUGUCUAGGAAUCAUGAGCACCACAACUACAGCAAAGACAAAGCAUAUAAACAUUUGAGAAAAAAAAUGAACACAUUUUGCCCCCUAAAUAUUUAACAGUAUAGGCCAACAGCUUCUACUUAACUUCAUCAUGGCUAAAAGCUUGACUGUUGCUGAGUAUGUAGGUCAUCUGAAUGAAAGCAUCCUACAAGAAAGUUUUGUGAUGUUAUUUUUCAAGCACAAUUUCAUUUCCCUGUCCUGAAGUCGAAAGCUCAAGAAUAAAAUUGAAAUUCAGUCUGACCCCAGAUAGAUAUAAUCCAGCUGAGCUAGUAAGGUAUCGAGCAAACAGCAUGAUGCUGUGAAAAGAAAAUAUAGUUGAAAGACUGUUUCAAAACUGGCACAGAAUCAUAGAAUCAUCAAGGUUGGAAAAGAUGUCUAAGAUCAAGUCCAGCCAUUAGCCCAGCACUGCCAAAUCCACCACUAAACCAAGUCUCUAAGCACCACAUAUACAUACUUUCUGAACGCUCCCAGGGAUGGCCAUUUCACCACUUCCCUGGGCAGCCUAUUCCAGACAGAGCAGAUAGGAAGCAGAAAUACCCACUCAGUCAGUGACCAAACAAAUAUUUUUGCCAAAAAAAGUAGCAGUACUACCUUUACUACCUUUGAAGUGUAUGCAACAUAGAAUGGACAUUCCCAAAGAACACUGAAUGAAGCUAAAAUCAUCUAGAAAAAUGUGAGUUUUUUCAGCAUCCUGACAAAAGCUGGGAUACAGCGAGUGUUCAGCGACUCACAGUACAAGCACCAGAACCCAAGGCCCAGAUAUUCUGGGUGAAGACUGCAAACCACUGACUCCUACGAAAGCAGAGAGGUUUAGCUCCCACUGAAUCAAACAAAGCUUUCUAGAAAUUGAGGGCACAUCUAGCACAGAUGAAAGACAAGGCCAGUAAAGCAAUCAGUGAUAUUUUGUGUCUAAGCAGCAGCACCUUCUGGCUAUUCCUGCACUUGUAAACACAUAAAAACUUCUGACACAGAAAAACCCUGUGCAGCCUGCUGAUUCCUGCUUUACCCCACUCUGUCUCUCAGUAGAA